AUGCCCCCUCAGAUCAAGCAUGAUUUGAAUCGCUCCGGCUGGGAGUCCACGGAUUUCCCUUCCGUAUGUGAGAACUGCCUUCCCGAGAACCCCUACGUUCAGAUGUUGAAAGAAGACCAUGGUGCGGAAUGCAAGAUUUGUACCAGACCAUUUACCAUCUUUCGCUGGAAGGCCGAUCGUACUUCGCGACAGAAACGUACGAACAUUUGCCUGACCUGUGCGCGUCUCAAGAACUGCUGUCAAUGCUGCAUGCUGGAUUUAUCCUUCGGCCUGCCACUCCAAGUCCGCGAUGCCGCCCUGAAGAUGGUUGCCCCCGGUCCCGAUAGCUCCAUCAACCGAGAGUACUACGCGCAGAAUCACGAGAAGGAGAUCGAGGAUGGGAUCGGCGCGAUUGAAGAAUACGAAAAGACGGACGACAAGGCUCGCGAGCUUCUGCGCCGCCUGGCGAACAGCCAGCCCUAUUACCGGAAACCACGACGUAUCGAUGGCCCUUCUGCAGACAGCGAAGAGGCCGAAGAAGCUGGACCUUCCAACCAACCGCGAACACACAGUCGAUAUGGAAAUGGGCCAGGCCCGAUCCGCACCAGUGAGAGCCGUGUUGGUAACCGAUUGCCAGGUCGUGGAGGCGCACAGGGACGCGGUGGCCGUGGCGCGGGCCGUGGUGGGCGCCCGUUCCCUGGCACUGCCCAGUUGCCGCCAACCGCAGAGGAUAUUAUGCCCCCUGCUGAUCCCAACGUCACAUCUCUCUUUGUUACUGGUGUCGAGGAUGAUCUGCCAGAACAUGCCCUCCGAUCGUUCUUUGCCGAGUUCGGCCAGCUUCGGUCACUCGUCUGCUCGCACAGAUCUCACUGCGCGUUCAUAAACUACGUAAACCGCAGUGACGCCGAAUCUGCGGCUCAAAAGUGCCAAGGCAAAGCUGUCAUCAAAGGUUGUCCGCUCCGCGUGCGCUGGGGCAAGCCUAAGCCGCUCGAUACCCUUGAUCGUGAGGAGCGCAUCAAGAAUGCACGUGAAGGCCGAUCGGCAGUUGGUCCAGCUGCGAAGGGUGGUUCAUCUGACAAGAAGGCCAUUACUGCCGCCGGCGAAGCCACAGCGCAACAAGACAAGCCUCAGAACUAUGCCGUGGCACCGCCACCUGGCUCGGGCCAAGUUCAAUAUGCGAGCAUGUCUGGUGAUUGA